AUGUCUUACGUGCAGAGUUUAGGACCGGUUGCACCGCAACUGCGUGAUUCUCGUUUUACUUACCAUCGGAUAUUCAGUGGGGUAUGCAAGAGCAGGUUUAAUAAUUUCGCCAGGGGUUUACUCUUCAAAACAGCGGUACUUGUCGGUUUAAUUACAACCAUUACGACACAAUGGGAGUUGUCGAAAUCUCAGAAAUUACUGUUAUGGCCAGUAAAAAUAUUAUCUUUCUAUGUUGCAAUGUUGAUGCUAAUUAUUACCAGGAAAAACUAUCUUCAUGUCAAUUACCUUGGAUAUACGAGCUGGAUAAGCGCAUCAUAUGGCCAAUUAGUCUCCCGUAAAUGGAUCACGUACCUUUUAGUUUACGUUGUGAGCGCAUUCUUCCUUUCUUUGACAUUUUCCUGUUGCUUUUUCACUCCAGGUACUGGUUCAAGAAAGCAUUCACAGCAUUACGAAUUUUGUUGUCAGUUUAUGGUACCUUUUUUGUAUUCCAUCCAACAUGUACUUUUAGAUCUUGACAGACUUACUUUCAACUACGGUGCUCAACAUCAACAUCCUCAGAAGUUUAUGGCUUCAAGAAUCCAUGAUUCAUUUUUGAAGUGUCUUGUGUUAACUGCAAUACUCUUUCUAAUUACUCCAAUUCUAUUAAAGCUUUUAUUCGGACAUCUAGGCUCUGGUAUAUGGUCCCAUAUUAGGAUUUGUUGUAUAUGCUUGUUAAUCUUGCAAACAUGGGACUUUACAAACAUUGGCUUCGACGCCUUUCUAUCAAUUGGUUGCUUGCAUAAAGGUAAACCAAUCUCUUCGUUAUCUCCAGCUUCAAUGGAGACAUUGAUCACUGGGUUGAGAUCAGAAAAAUUAUUUGUUAAACUUACUGCAUUCCAAGAGCUGGCCUACAGAGCCACUUGUGCAAAUGUGGAGUUGAGGCUCCCAAUUUACCACAAUACCUAUAGAAAUAGCUUGAUCUGGCCCGGUAUACUUAGAGAAUGUAUGAUUGUUAUUCAAGAAACCAACUAUAACGUAUCCGAUUUCUUGCUUACAUUGAAGAAAGAGAUUGAUCCCCAGCCUACAAAACCAUCUUUCCCUAUCAAUAGAUCGGUAGAUCAUUUAUUCGGUACCAACCAUACUGUCAGAAAACAAAAUAAUGAUGAGGAUUCCAGAUUACCUGGUGCUCCUCCUACUGAACAAAUAAAUUCGGAUCUACCAUCAAUGGCUUCACAUAGAAUCGUUUUAGAGGACAGCAAUGUUUUCAAAAACAACGAUACCCAAAGAAGUCCGAAUCCUCCGAGAUUUAUCGACUCAUACAAACAAGCAAUUUUUACCAGACAACCUACAGUACUUUCUGUUUUGACUGAUCUUUGGAAUUGGAUACAGAGAAGAAUCAGUCAGUACUUUUUCACCAUCGAUUCAACUGAUAACACGAACAAGAAGCUCUCAUUGUUUGAACUUUACCAUAUAUCAAAAGUAAGGGAAGCUGAGAAGUUGUGUCCUGUGCCAGUAUGCUAUGCCGAGUGUGUGUAUUCGAUGAUGGGUUUUAUAGUAAAUUCUGUGGAUGAAGAUCCCAAAGGAGCUGUCGUAUCUUCAGUCGGCGAAGUAUUAAAAAUUUUGGAAAGAUCUAUUGGCUCUUUAGGUUCGUUUACUGAAUUAAUAUUGGAUGGAAAACAAGAAAAGGAUUUGAAUGAUGUCAUAAGUGUGUUGUAUGACUUAUGUAUCAAUGCAUUUUUGGAAAUAGUUUUGAAGUAUGACACUCUCCUUAACGAUGUUUAUUUGGACGAAGAUGUCGUGAAGUUAACACAGUGGUUGCAAAAAAUGUCACAAGAUAUUUAA